ACAACCCAUUACGCACAGAACUCUGGGAAGGGGUUGAGCGCGCGCGUGAUUGUAUAUUUUUCCCGCCUUUUUUUAUUUUUUGUAAUGACCAACCAAAAAACAUUUUAUAUCGCUGGAUUUUUAUAGCAACCAAUCGAAAAUCUUUUUUUAUUGUCGAUUUUAAAAAUUUUUUGUUGCUGGUUUCAAAAUAAAAAGUUCCCUUCGCUCUGAAAGAAAAGUAAAAACAGCAUUGCAAGAGUGUUUAUGUUCAUAAAAACAAAAAGAUCCAACAUUUUUAUUCCAGUCUCCAAAUGAGUUUCAACUCUUUUGGAACGCAGUCUUCGUGGCCUGAUGGCAGCCACUUGGUGAACGAGGAAGAGAAAAAUCCCGUGUCAAGCGACAGAACGAACAUAAGAGAACUGAACCAAGGGAUACAAAGCAUUGUUCUUGUUGGCUUGGUUAUUGCAAAACAAGAAAUGCACACAUUUCCAGAUAAGAAGAACCCCGACAGCCAAAGAGCCCAUUUGCAUUUCACAAUAAGGGAUUCUCCCACAGAUUUUAUCAAUGUCAACUGCUGGGGCUGCUCCCCAUACAUAUCAGACCUCUCAAAGUCAUUCAAGAUUAAUGAUGUUGUUGAGGUAAGAAAUCCUCAAGUCCAGAGCAAGUUGAACAAUGAAGCAGAAGAGCGCUGGAAGCCAUGGACACCAAGUCCAUUCCAGUUGAAUUUGAGUGAAAAUCACUCAUCUGUGAGCCUGUACAGUGGCUGGGAUGUGAGUGACUUUGAUGCCAUCUCUCACAUCCCAAUCAAGGCCAGUAAUGACUACUACACUCUCUCCGACAUCAUUGCUAAUGGCCAGAACUUACAUGGAGAGCACAUAAAUAUUCAAGCCAUUGUGAGGAGUGUUGGAGUUACGAAAGAUAUCACCACUAAAACUGGCAGACAUAUCCGAAGAUGUGAAGUCAAACUCUUUGAUGAAAUGUGCCCUUCCUUUGCUUUGGUCCUUUGGAAUGAUGAAUUUAUAGAGCUGGCCCAGACAUGGAUCCCAAAAGAUAACAUACUCUUCAUAGCUGAUGCUAAAGUAACAUUUGAUGAUUACAAAAAAGCAAUGAUUGCAACUUGUGAUCAGAAAACCAUUGUAACUACCAAUCCAGACACUCGUGAGGCCCAGCAGCUGUACAUGUACGCCCAGUCUGCUGAUUUAGCGGAUGAGGAGGGGAGUGGUGAUUCUCUUUCAGUGGACUUGACUCGUAUCACAGACGUGUUGACGGUAAAUCAGCUGAAGACCAGGCUGCUCAAUUGGGAUGACGUCACAGAUAAGGAGAAUGCUGGGAUACUUUUCGCGUUCUUCACGGAGCUCAACAUAGACACUGAUGAUAAAUACGUGGUUGUCACGCGGUGCACUCAAUGUAACCAGAGAGUGGACAGCCUAUCUGGGCUAUGUACAAGAACCGAAUGCCCCGCUGCAGCUAAUAACAUGACAUCCCAAGUCAAGACCCAGUAUGAGAUCCCAGUCAGUCUGACAGACCACACGGGAACAGUGCAGUGCCGCCUACCGGAGAAAUGCGCAGAAGCCAUGUUAGGAUAUACGGCCGAAGAAUUCCUUGAAGUGCCUCAAUCACAGUGUACGGACAUCAAAUUCAAGUACCUAUUGGAACGAUGCAAAGUCUACUUCAAGGUGAGCAGAAAAAGAUAUAGAAAUAACACAGCUAUAUCCUAUAAGUCCCUCGACGAUGACAUAGUUUAGAGGAAAUCGUACCACACAUCAUCACAUCAGGCAAGAGAAGGUUGCGCCUUCUGGACUGCUCUGUCGCUGAACCAGAAGAGACCUCUUUAUUCCUGCAAAGCGCUUGAAUUCAUUUGGCAGAGAGGCAAGGGUUCAAUAAUGCUUGAGCUCCCGUCAACAUUUACACUUGCUUGAUAAUGCUACGAGGGCAAGAAGUAAAAAAAAAAAACAUUUUCAGGGCCAGAUUAAUAAGUUCUUGGUUCUCAAUUUCUGAUCAGUAUAUUUAUGAAAAAUGAAGACUCCUUUGUAUACAGAUGUAGCUAUAUUUUCCUAUGAAAAUCAUAUUUUGAGGAAUAAUCUUUAAGCUCUAUUAUUGAAUAAUUAACUUUUUAGUCACUUCCUACUUGAUGAGUCUCUGUCCUAAGUUAUUAACCUUGGUUUUGAUAAACAAAAUCGUAUGUGAUGGAACGCAGAAAAACAGUCAUCGAGUAACCAGCAGUCCAUGAAUAAUUGCCAAGAAUAAUUAAAAUCACUGAGAAUGCAAUGCAUGCUAUUCUAA